UCGGCUAACGACUGUUUCGGUUAUUUACGCUUGUCUUCGAUUCUAUUCGUAAGCUGAUACUUUCGCAUCUGUUUCGGGUAUGUUCGGGAGCUUUCGGGAUGCUCGGUAACGGUCGUUGUGUUCAAAUCUUCAGAACUACUUCUGGCCUGGAUACUGAACUAAGAAAGGAACUGAAGAAAGAGGGAAACACAAAACAGUGGACGAGAGAAGGAGCCUGACAACGGAAUGACGGUGCUGCAGGAACCUGUUCAGGCUGCUGUUUGGCAUGCACUAAACCACUAUGCCUACCGAGAUGCCGUGUUCCUGGCUGAGAGACUCUAUGCUGAAGUGCAUUCGGAGGAGGCCCUCUUUCUGUUAGCCACAUGUUACUAUCGUUCGGGAAAGGCCUACAAGGCAUACCGCCUUCUCAAGGGGCACAGCUGCACAACGCCACAAUGCAAAUACCUCCUCGCCAAGUGCUGUGUAGAACUGAGCAAGCUUGCAGAAGGAGAGCAGAUCCUGACAGGGGGGGUCCUGAACAAACAGAAGAGCCAGGAGGACAUCGUCACAGAGUUUGGAGACUCUGCCUGUUUCACAUUAUCCCUGUUGGGGCAAAUCUAUUGCAAAACGGAUCGUCUGGCCAAAGGUUCAGAAUGUUAUCAGAAGAGCCUGAGUAUGAAUCCUUUCCUGUGGUCUCCCUUUGAGUCCCUCUGUCAGAUCGGCGAUCGUCCGGACCCGGAGCAGAUCUUCAGACUGACGUCCCUGCAGUGCUUCAGCGGUGGGAGUGGAGCCCCUUCCCUGCUCCCCAUCAGUCCCGCCCACACGCCAAGCCACAACAUGCCCCACCGCCAGGUGGACACAGUGCUCAUGGAGACGCCCCAGGACACCUUAGAAUUAAACAGACUGAACCUGGAGUCUUCCAACUCCAAGUACUCGUCUCUGAACACAGACUCCGCCAUGUCCUACAUCGACUCGUCCGUCAUCUCCCCGGACACCGUAGGGACUCUGGGGACAGGCGGCUCCCUGCUAUCCAAACAAGUGCAUAACAAACCCAAGAGUGGGCGCAGUCUACUGGGAGGACCGGCAGCACUCAGCCCCCUCACACCCAGUUUUGGAAUCUUGCCCCUGGAGCCCAGCCCAGGGGAACCCUUGUAUCUUCAGAACUACUCUCACAGUGGCUCGGGGAUGGAGCCGCCCCCUCCCGGAGUCCCACCAAAGAAGUCUGUAGCGAGAAUCAGUCAGGUGGGGACGAAGUCAGUGUUUGCACAGAGUGGUAACAGCAGGGAGGUCAUCCCUAUCCCCUUCAACCAGACUCAGACCACUGCCCCCCCACAGACCAGUACUACGCCUCAAGUGCUGAGCCCCACCAUCGCUGCUCCCCCCAACGUGCAGCCCAGACGGAGCUCCAGACUCUUCACCAGUGCCAGCUCUACUGCCAAGGAGAACAGCAAGAAGCUGAAAAUGAAGUUCCCCACCAAAAUCCCCAACCGGAAGACCAAGUCAAAAACGGGCAAGGGAGGCAUCACCCCAUCCAACCUGAACGAGAGCAUUGAGAUCCUCAAGCUGGACUCGUCCAUGACAGAGGGGAAAGUCAGUAUGGGCACUCCUCAGUUCCAGGCCUUCAGUCUGCAGAAGGCUGCUGCAGAUGGCCUGAUGUCGCUGAUGCGAGACAUCGGCCGGGGGUACCUGGCCCUCUGCUCUUACAACUGUAAAGAGGCCAUCAGCAUCCUGAGCCAGCUACCCUCCCAUCACUACAACACAGGGUGGGUCCUGGGACAGAUCGGCAGGGCCCACUUUGAGCUGGCCGAAUACAUGCAGGCGGAGAGGAUCUUCUCGGAGGUGCGGCGCAUCGAGAGCUACCGGGUGGAGGGCAUGGAAAUUUACUCCACCACCCUGUGGCACUUGCAGAAGGACGUGGCCCUGUCGGCGUUGUCCAAAGACCUCACCGACAUGGACAAGAAUUCACCAGAGGCAUGGUGCGUGGCUGGUAACUGUUUCAGUCUGCAGAGGGAGCAUGACAUAGCCAUUAAGUUCUUCCAGCGUGCCAUCCAGGUGAACCCGGGCUUUGCCUAUGCCUACACGCUGCUAGGCCAUGAGUUUGUCCUCACGGAGGAGCUGGAGAAGGCUCUGGCCUGCUUCCGUAACGCCAUCAGAGUCAACACACGCCAUUACAAUGCCUGGUAUGGCUUGGGGAUGAUCUACUAUAAGCAGGAGAAAUUCAACCUGGCAGAGAUUCACUUCAAGAAGGCACUUAGCAUCAACCCUCAGAGCUCUGUGCUCCUCUGCCACAUCGGAGUGGUUCAGCAUGCACUGAAGAAGUCUGACCAUGCUUUGGAAACCCUGAAUAGAGCGAUCAACAUAGACCCCAAGAACCCUCUAUGCAAAUUCCACAGGGCUUCCAUCCUCUUCGCUAAUGAAAAGUACAAGGCGGCUCUACAAGAGCUUGAAGAGCUGAAACAAAUAGUGCCCAAAGAGUCCCUUGUUUACUUUUUAAUAGGAAAGGUGUAUAAGAAGCUGGGCCAGACACACUUGGCAUUGAUGAACUUCUCCUGGGCCAUGGACCUGGAUCCCAAAGGAGCCAACAAUCAGAUCAAAGAGGCCAUAGACAAGAGGUACCUCCCUGAUGACGAGGAGCCUGUCACUGAGGACUACCCCUAUGACUCAGCAGCUGAGGUGGAGGAGUCGCAGGAGAGCAGUAUGACCGACGCAGACGACACGCAGCUCCACACCGCUGAGAGCGAUGAGGUCCUGUAACCCCCCCCCCCAGACCCUACCCCUUCACACAGACCCCUCCUUUGGACUUAAAAACCAUGCCAACCUGGAGCCAACCUCUGGACUCCAGUAUUAAAGAGGAAGAGGAAAAAAAGGAAAACAAACUGCUGCUAAUACAGUACCUCCGAUUGUUUAAAAAAAAAAAAAAAAAUCAUCUGCUAUUUCUUGGUUUUGUUUUCUUCUACCCCCAACUCCCACCAUCCUCGUCCUUCUCCUGUCAUGCCUUAGUCCUCACUGGCUUAUCAUUAUCGUCAGGUCCCAUGCAGCCAUGUGUGGAUGUUUUUAUUUUUAUUUUUAUUUUUUUGGUUUGUUUUUCCUAGAAUACCACAUCAGCACCACAUCGCCCCAUCAGUGCUGAUUUUGAAUGUCCCCGCCCCUCAUCAUUGAAAGACAUAAUUUUCACUUUUAGGUUUGGAGCACUGCGUUCAUGCCCACGGAAGAAAAAUAAACAACAUUCAUGGACGUUCAUGUCUUAAUGUUUAGUUUUUUAAAUGUUUUUUUUAUCAGCUUUACCCUGAAUAAACACUUGUGUUAUAGCCUAUAACUCUUUGGUUCCUCUCUGCUGAUUGGUCCGUGAGUAAAUGUAUGGGAGAGGAUUGAGGACAAGAACAUUUCUCGCCUUUUCUCCGAGGCGUUGGGACGUCCAAGGUGUUCCAACCAUGGCUAUGGCCCGGCGAGUUUCAUUGAUCUAGCAAUGACCGACGUCUCGAUCACAGAUAAAUAAAUAUAAGAGACAUAUUUAACCAUGUUUGUUUUAGAAGUGCCUCUCAUUGACAACGAUGUGAAAAGCCAGUGGUUCAUCCAACCUGUCAACAAGAUUCAAUGUGCAGUUCUUUUGAUGUGAUUCAUCAUGAAAUACUUCUAGAAACAAAUGUGCUAAAAUAUGAUAAUCAUCCACAGGUUUAGCCUGAGUGCCAGUCUGUUUGUGCCGUCAUGCCAACUACUUGUCAUUCAUCGUCGUGCCAAACAUGUUUGGCUUGACAAUGACAGUAAUGGAGUUGGAAAGAGCACAAACUGAUCUGGGACAAGGCUAACACAGGUUGGUUCUCACUGACCACAUUAAUACAAGGUAUGAUGAUUGGGAUUAAAUGCCCAGUUUCAAUAUUUGGAUGCAUGUGAGCCCCUAGAAUUAAUCACACAAAUAUCCAAACGUGUGUUUGGGGAAUUUCACAUUGAUUCUGUGUAUGUAUACAAUGUUUCUUGAUGUGCUUCUUAACGUACAGUUGGGAAAGGCAAAAAUCUCAAUGCCACAUUCAGAAAUAUUGCCCCAUAUCAAGGAGUUGAAAUGCCUUUCCUAAAGUUCUGAUCAUUUUUUCUAAGGCAUAGUGUAUGGAUACGUGUAACUUAAAAUGUGUCCUCUGCACAGCCAGGUCAAAAUAUUAUGUUCUCAUUUUGCAAGUGCGUUGGGGUCUUAAUUUAAAAUGUGUUCAGUCUUUGGGGAUAAUGUCUGUUCAUGUAUAUAUGUGCUAUUAAUUUUAAGGAUAUUUGAAAUUAUAGAAUAAACUACUUUAAACAUG